CUGCGGGUAAACAAAUUCUACUCAAAUCAGUCCUAGCCGCGAUGCCACUCUAUGCUAUGUCUUGCUUCAAGCUGCCGCUAUCCCUUUGCAAAAGAAUCCAGUCUAUUCUGACUCGGUUUUGGUGGGAUGAUAAACCGGAUAAGCGCAAAAUUAGUUGGGUAGCUUGGAACACUUUAACACUGCCCAAGUCUGAGGGAGGUUUAGGUUUCAGAGAGAUAGAGCAGUUUAAUGAUGCUCUUUUGGGUCGUAUAAGCUGGAAAAUUCUUCACUUCCCUGACUCCUUGCUAGCUCGUGUACUUUUGGGUAAAUACUGUCUUGAGAAAAAUUUCCUAGAAGUCACAGCCUCUUCCUCUUGCUCCCAUGGGUGGAGGAGCAUCUUGGCAGGGAGAGAGGUGCUCUUAAAAGGUCUAGGUUGGACAGUAGGUGAUGGCUCAUCUAUUAAUAUCUGGAAAGACCCCUGGUUAUCUACAGAUCUGCCCCGUCUACCAAUUGGUCCACCGACUGAAGAGAACCGUCAUCUCAAAGUCAGUGCUCUCUUGCAACCGGAGACUAACGACUGGAAUGCAGCAGCUAUUCAAAAGCACCUACCUCAGUAUGAGGAGUCUAUAUGCAAAUUGAUUCCUAGCUCUAAUAAGAAGAAGGAUGCACUUGUGUGGUUACCAGAGAGAAAAGGUUUUUAUACUACAAAAACAGGGUAUAUGUUGGCUAAAUUAAACUCAAACGCUCCUAUCUCUGAAAACUUUAAUUGGCAGCUCAACAUUUGGAAGAUCCGCAUACCCCCUAAGUUGAAGAUGUUCUUAUGGAAGGUCAAACGCAAAGCUCUCUCUGUUGGCAACAAUCUGAGUUGUCGCGGUAUUGUGAGUGACUUGCUAUGUAAGAGAUGUGGAGAGAGAGAAUCAGAGCUGCAUAUUUUGAUCCAUUGCUCCUUUGCGCGGAGAGUCUGGGACCUUGCUCCUCUCCACCGCACACCAAGAUCAGAGUCAUCUAGCUCUCUUGGUUCUCUGCUGACAUCGGCGAGACAGACCCAAGCUCUUCCUCCGUUGGGCAUUACUCACUCCUCUCUUUACCAUUGGAUCCUAUGGUAUAUAUGGAAGUCACGCAAUCUAUUGAUAUUUGAAAAUCGUAUUAUUACAGAAGAGGAGACAAUUACAAAGGCCAUUGUAGCAGCCAAGGAAUGGCAAGCAGCACAACCCAUAGUGAAGACUCCACAACGUUGUAGAACCACAAAUGUACCUCCUACUGAGGCUAGUUUGAUCCACGUACCUCUUAUUGAGGAUGCUACUCUCGCUAUACCUCAUAUUGAGGACUCUACUCAAGCAUUACCUCCUGAUGAGGUCCUGCUCUGUUUUACGGACGCGGCCUGGAAUGCGUCCUCUGGCUCAUGUGGUAUGGGAUGGAUUUUCAAGACUCAACAUAGAGUUAUCCAUCGGGGCUCGGCUUUUCGCCGCCAUACACCUUCAGCCCUUGCAGCUGAAGCUCUAGCAAUGAAGUAUGCGCUGACCGCAGCGUCUAGAAUGGAAGUCACCUCCAUCAAUGUUUUUUCUGACUCUCAAGUCCUCAUAUCUCUGCUCAAUACAGAGACCUCUACGAAUGAGCUACAAGGAAUUCUCCAUGAUAUUGCCUUGCUUUGUCAUUCUUUUGUUUCCUGUACUUUCUCUUUUAUUCCCCGUGAAGCUAAUGUAUUAGCUGAUGGUAUGGCUAAGGCAGCUCUUGCCUCCUUAAAUAGCCCUGCUCUGUAACAACUCUGUUAGUUUAUAUAAAAUCGGUUUGCCCAA